AUGAAAAUAAAUCAAAAUUUGCUUAUUAUCAAAAUAUUAUUUGCUUUCAUAAGGUGCUAAACCUAAACCACAUCCUCUAAUUCUGAUAAUAGUAACAAUAAUAGCGAUAAUAAUUCUACAAAAAUAACUGUGAUAGUAUUUUUUACAGUCAUUGGAUCCAUAGGAGUUAUACUUGCAGUCCUUAAGAAAUGCCAUAAAAUAAGAUAAUAACGAUAAAAUUAAGAAAAAGGAGCUUAAAAUAACUAAUUUAAUGAGUGUAUGGCAAAUUAAAACAGAUAGCAAAUGCCCUAAGUAUAAAUGAAUCAACAAAUGUACUACAAUAAUUAACCAUUUAUAAUGACUUCAUUGCCAACUUAAUCUAGUGAUUAAGAUUAGUUAUAGAAUAAUUAUCUAUUAAAUUAUCCAAAUUAACAAUAAGUUGAUACCGCUACUAAGCAGUAAAUGUUUAUUGCCCCUUAGCCUCAAUAGUAAAUACCUGGGAUAUAUUAACCAUAAUUAGGAGUUAUGUAACCACAAUAACAGCCUGUAAUGGGAGUUCCUUAAUAUCUUUAGAAUCCUAUUACUGAUAAAAACCAAUAAACUACAUAUCUUUGA